AUGGACACUCAUAAACCUAAUGUCAGUUACCUUCACUCCCUCUUUGCGGCUUUGCUUGAUGCCGAGUCUAAGCGCCAGGUCUUAAAAAUAGCUGAAAAGGAAUGGGCUGAGAAGCCUGAUGCACAGCCCGUGGCCGUCCGCCAAUACCCUCUCAGGCUAGAAGCUCGACAGGGGCUAGCUCCUCUCAUCCUCCUCUUCCUAGAUGCAGGCAUCCUCGUCCCAGUGCAGUCUUCCUGGUGCACCCCCAUCUUGCCAGUGCAAAAGCCCAACGGCACCUGGUGUUUUGUGCAGGAUUUGCGCGAAGUCAAUCGCCACAUCCGCCCCCUUCAUCCCGUGGUAGCCAACCCUUAUACCCUCCUGACCACGCUGCAGUCUUCCCAAACAUGGUACACCUGUGUAGACCUCAAGGAUGCGUACUUUACGGUGGGACUUGCCCCCAAAUUAUUUCCCAUCUUCUGCUUUGAAUGGCAGGACCCUCCACCCACCAAUGGGGGACGCCAUGUCCUUGCAUGGACAAGGCUUCCAAUGGGUUGCAGAAAUUCCUCCACGGUGUUUGCAGCUGCCCUAAUUGAGGACCUUAGCCACCUAGAGACCCCAGGCUGUACGUUAAUUUCGUACGUUGACGAUAUUCUGCUGGCAUCGGACUCUAUGGAUGCCCUCCGAAGCUCUUCUAUUGCCCUCCUCAAUCAUCUCGCUGCUUGUGGCUACAAAAUCAGUAGAGAAAAGGUGCUGGAUGCCCUUCCCCCGCAACCGGACCAGCCUCCGUGCGCUGAGGUGGAAACAUGGGUCCUGAUCAAAGAACUCUGCCCAAGCCCGGAACAGCCCAGAUGGUCCCUGCCGAAGCAAGUUCUCCUGUCCACUCCAACAGCGGUGAAGGUGGAAGGAAUUAAGCCCUGGAUCCACUGUUCCCGAGUGAAGUCAGUUCCUGACCCGAAUCUCAGCAGUUCCCUCUUUGUCGUCAAGGAUGACGUGGCUGCUAACCACGUCCAAAGGCUUGCCGUGAAAAAGCCGGUGACUAAAAUCUCGACGGUUCUGGAACGGAAGGGAAACAAAACCUUGAGAGCAGGGACUGGUGGGGUCGCACAGAAAGUCCUGGCCUUCAGAGAGCUGGCCUUGGGAACUGGCGCGUGGCAGGAUGCUCGGAUUUUGCGAUCUCAGUUGUGGCACCGCCUGGACCGGAUCGCCUUCCGUACCAGGAUGAACGGCGUGAGGCCUAGCAGGGGCUGCGUUUCGCCCUCGGGGGGUCCCGCCAGGCCCUGCUCCACAUUGUCCCUUGGAGGCUGGUAG